GUGAGGCACCUGUACAUCUGUGAUUUCCACAAAAAUUUCAUCCAGAGCGUCCGAAAUAAAAGGAAGAGAAAGACGAGUGAUGAUGGUGGGGAUUCUCCUGAGCACGACACCGACAUUCCUGAGGUCGACCUGUUCCAGCUGCAGGUGAACACACUACGGCGGUACAAGCGGCACUACAAGCUGCAGACCAGGCCCGGCUUCAAUAAGGCCCAGUUAGCAGAAACGGUCAGCCGACACUUCAGGAAUAUACCUGUGAAUGAGAAGGAGACGCUCGCCUACUUCAUCUACAUGGUGAAGAGUAACAAGAGCAGACUAGACCAGAAAUCAGAGAGUGGCAAGCAGCUGGAGUGAGGGCAGGCGCGCCCCACAGCAGGCCGCAGAGUGCUCGGCGCCCAGGUGAUACCUGCUACAUUUACGCCCGGAAAGACUGUUAAAUUCUAUUGUAAAUAAAAAAAGUUUGGUGAAUACUGUAAAUCUUUCUGGUCAGGAGAUUAUAUUGUCAUGAUUCAGCAUAUGUAUAGAAAGACAUUCUCUUACGGUAACUACUGGACUGUAAAAACAGGAUCAUAAGAAGAAGUUAAAACUGUGUGUUGCAGCAUUCAGCGAAGCAGGAUGUCAGCUCUGUGGGAAACGCGGUGGGAGCCGUCCCUUCGGAGCACCAGGCUGCCGCCUGCGUAAGGUGGGCCUGGAGGGACAGGGACACACACCCAGGCUGGGACUCGGCCCCGCCCGCUGAGGGUGUAGCCGUCCCACUUCGCCACAGGCUUUGUCUGGUAUUACAAACCUGUUUGACACUGGUCCCCCCGCCCCGCCCCAUGCCUGGUACACCGUGAGCAGUCAGUACUUGGCUAACUGCGCUGUCCUGACCGUGCCAGCCUGGCAGCAUCUCCGUUCGUAACUGAGCCCUCUGCAUUCCUGUCAUCCACCGCUUAGCUGCUGGGCGUGCGGGAAGCUCUCGGGUACCAGCAUGUAGGUUGCAGAUCACGUGCGGAUUGCAGGGCAGCUGCAUGAGCAAGGUAGUAUGUGCCGAGGUUCUGGAAUCGGUGACUGAGAAACUGUCACAGGAAGGUCUUUCCCACACCCUCUGGGCUGUUCUUUGGGGUGAGGUCAUGCGGUGUGAUUUAAGCCAUGCUCCUGGGCAAUAAAUGCUUUGAUAAGGUGA